AUGAAGCUCUGGAGGAGGGCAGCCGGUGCCCUCAAGGACCAGAGAAGCAUACUCCUCGCUGGCCUCUCUCGCCGGUCAGUUUAUCGGAACCCUGAUCUCGAAACGGCAAUCAUUAAGGCAACCAAUCAUAAUGACAGCCACGUCGAUUACAAGAAUGCCCAGAUAGUCUUUGCAUGGAUUCGUAGCUCCCCAGUGACCUUAAAGCCUUUGCUUCGAGCUCUAAGUAGCCGUAUGGAGAAGACGCAGAGUUGGGUUGUGGCUCUCAAGGGUUUGAUGUUACUGCAUGACAUUUUCUCUUGCAAGACACCAGCCGUGCAAAGAAUUGGAAGGUUACCAUUUAAUUUAUCACAUUUCAUCGAUGGAGACUCGAAAAACAGCGAAAUGUGGGGAUUCAAUGCCUUUGUUCGCAGUUAUUUUGCUUAUCUGGAUCAAAGAUCUGUACACUUGUACGAGCAACCGAAGCAAAAUGAAGAACCAUUAGUGCAGGAGCUUCUCCAGCUACAAAACUGGCAAUAUUUGCUUGAUAUGCUGCUUCAAAUCAAACCAGAAGCCAAUAACAUGAGAAAAACCCUGAUACUUGAAGCCAUGGAUUGUGUUAUCAUCGAAGUAUUUGAUGUUUAUAGCAGAAUUUGUAAUGGGAUUGAUAAGAUUCCGUUGGGAAUUUACUCAGCUGGGAAGCCUGAAGCAAGCAUGGCACUUAAAGUUCUUCAAAAGGCAAUGAUUCAAGUUGAGGAUCUUGCUCUCUAUCUUCAAUUAUGCAGGAAUUUUGGCGUCUUUCACGCUAUGGAAGUCCCAAAAGUCAAUCAUAUACCAGAAAAAGAUAUCAGAAAUCUUGAACGUAUAAUUAAUGAAGUUUCUGAUAAAGCUCAAGAGAAUUAUUAUGAUUACUUGCAUGAUGAUAAAGCUAUGGUGAUAAGGGAAGAUGCUUGUGCCAUUGUUGAAGAUAAGAAACCCAAUGGAUUGCAGACGAUAAUUACAGACAAAUGGGAGGUUUUUGAUGAAGAUAAUUUCAUGUAUAGAAUUCAAGAGAAUGAACUCUUCGAUUUUAGAACAGGAAACCCUUCAAAUUGUAGUUCGGAAUCUCUUUCGCCUGUUUGUAGACAAGAAAUUCCAGAUUUAAUUAGUUUCUAGUUCUUGGAAUUGCAAUUUUGUAUUGGGAGACUUGCAACCUCAUGAGUUUAGUGAGU